AUGAAUAAAAAAAAAGAGGAAGAUAAAGAAACAAAAAUAAAUUUGUUCUUAAAAAAACUAUUGCUGUUGGAUGACCAGGAAAUUAAGCUUUUUGGUGUUUACAGAGAAUAUGAACGAGCGGUAAUAAUGCGUUUGGGACGUUUGAUUAGUGGUGGUACUAAAGGUCCUGGACUGUUUAUGAUAAUGCCUUGUAUAGACACAUUCAAAAUGGUAGAUUUACGAGUAUUAUCUUUUGAUGUACCCCCACAAGAAAUUUUAAGUCGUGAUUCAGUCACGGUAUCAGUGGAAGCAGUAAUAUAUUUUCGUGUCAGCAAUCCGGUAAUAUCGGUAACCAAUGUUAACGAUGCUCAAUUUAGCACAAAAUUGUUGGCACAAACGACACUACGGAAUGUUUUGGGUACCCGUACCUUGAGUGAAAUGCUCUCUGAACGUGAUAGUAUGGUAAUAGAACAGGCAUUAGCUGAAGGUACUGAUCCAUGGGGUGUUAAAGUGGAACGUGUGGAGAUCAAAGAUAUACGAUUACCGCAUCAGCUGAUGCGUGCAAUGGCAGCUGAAGCAGAAGCAGCUCGAGAUGCUCGAGCGCUUGUCAUCCAUGCUGACGGUGAAAAGCACGCAUCCAGGCGUCUUGCCGAAGCAGCAGCGGUGAUCGGUGACAGUAAAGUAUCGUUGCAGUUACGUUAUUUGCAAACAUUAACAAAUGUUGCUGCCGAACAUAAUCAAACUAUUGUUGUACCAUUUCCGAUGGAGGUUGCCAGAUAUUAUGCUCAACAUUGGAUCAAUGAAUUACACAUAUAA